AUGUGUUUGGCUCAGAUUCGAAACCGACACUCUCUUAUCCCAACGGGUCUUGUGGGGAAGAACGACGGUGACACGAUGCUAUCCUUUAUCGACGUAUUCGACCCGGCUAGAUACUAUCCGGUUUGCCUGUCUCUUGUCGAUGCUCUGGAUAAUAUAUCAAUGCUGCGCUUGUGUAUGACGUGUCGGACUAUGCGAUCCCUUUACGAAUGUGUUCAUGCCAGACAAUGGGAUAUUAACCGGCCCUUAGCCCGUUUCGUCGAGGAUCCCUAUCGUCUCCGUCAGCUGAUGAAGCGCGCGAACGCUAUCAUUUCGGGCCACUUAGCUCUACAAUUCUUCUAUGGGGAGUACUUCCCCGAAACCGGCAUGGAUAUCUUCGCGCCAUAUUCCGCCUAUAUGGUUGAUUUGGUCCAGUAUUUUGUGGAGAUUGAAGGAUAUUCCGCAGAAUCAUCCUGCCCUGCAACCUGGUGCUGUCCUGAUACUUUCUGCAGCGGCUGUUCCUCAAACAAGUUUAAAAUGAAGACGUUUACACAGGGAGACCGAGUAAUACGACUUGCCUUUAUUCGAACCUGGACAAAUCCAGUCAAGUUCAUCCUAGCAUCCUUCUAUGGGAGCGCUGUUAUGAACUUCAUCACAUACUCCAAAGCUUACAGUGUUUUCCCUAAGGCGACCUUCGUCAAGCGGCAAAUGUGUAUCCUUAAAAGGUGCGGAGACUUGGAAGAAAGAGCGUUGCUCAAAUACGAAGGAAGGGGUUUCACCGCGGUUCCUAUGGAGAUAUGGAAACGGAAACCAGCCUCUGAGCUCCGAGAGUUUGUAUGCGCUCGAAAGAUUGGAGAUCGUCACACAUGGACAAUAGAUCUAGACAACCCGUGGGAACAUCCGGAUGCUAAUCGAUUCGAAUGUACGCGCUUCUCAGCAACGUUCAAUUUGGAGCAUGCAAUGACAGUACUCGACGACGUGUCCCCGAAGCAGGAUCACAUGUCUCUGUUAAAGGCACACGCCCGAGUCAUCUAUGACGAUCCCCGCCGAUUUUAUAUGACAGAGCAGUAUAAAGAGCACGAAGAGCGCAAAGAGCGUGAAUAG